ACCUACCGGUGGAGACUAAGAAGUCGAGAAAGCGUCGAGCAGCCAGCCUAGCCGACAGCUCUACUGACCAACCAGCCGAGGGCGGGGCGGAGCCGAAGCCGGGGGCGGAGCCGAAGCCGGGGGCGGAGACAGGGGAGGAGGGCACUGGGGGCCAGGAGGACGACAUGCUGGGCAAGCGAGGGGCGGGGCCGGGCGGUGACGUGGGGGGCGUGACCAAGAAGAAGCGCCGCAUGCUGGCCCCGCCCACCCCGAAGAACGCCCUGAUGCACCUGAACGAGCUGAAGCCCGGCACACAGUUCAAGUUUGUCUCACAGACGGGACCCGUGCACGCGCCGCUCUUUGUCAUGUCGGUAGAGGUCAACGGACAGAGUCAGACAAUCCAGCGUAAGCUAGAAGCCCUCCCCAGUCAGUCAAGCAACAAGAACCCAGUCAUGGUGCUCAACGAGAUCCACCGCGGCGUCAAGUUUGACCUUGUCUCCGAGAUGGGCGAGAGAAACUUCCGGAUAUUCAACAUGAAGGUGACGGUGGGCUCGCGGGAGUUCCAGGGCUCCGGGCGCAGCAAGAAACUGGCCAAGUACAACGCCGCCCUCAACGCCCUCAAGAUGAUGCAUGGGAUCAACCACUUUGAGAGGAGAGACAUGACGUCGGUGAACGAGGAGGAGGUACAAGGAGACCCCCAGGAGUUGGCCGACCGCAUCGCUCAGAUGGUCUUCCACAAGUUCGGGGAACUCACUGACAACUUCACAUCGCCGUACGCACGACGGAAAGUCUUGGCGGGCGUUGUCAUGACAACGGGGGGCGCCAGCAAUCC